GUGGCCUCAUAAAUCUUAUCAAUCCUUUCAUUUCUUUACCAAAAGAAAGAAGUUUGUAAGAGAAGCGAGUAGUUAAAAUAUGGAUGCUAUUAUAAAUUCAAUUGUUACACCGGUUGUUAACUCUUUGAUGGUCCCUGUUAAGAAACAUCUGGGUUUCUUAGUGUUAUCCACAAAUCAUGUUAAAGAUAUGAAGGAGAAAAUGGAUCAGUUGAAUAUCACUGAACAAGAUAUUCAAGAGAAAAAAACGACAGCUGAUGCGAACUAUCAUGUGGUAUCUCGCCAUGUGUCGCCAUGGUUGGAAGAUGUUCAAAAGAUGAAGGAAAAGGUAGAAAGUAUUCCAACAGCUGGAAUUGGGUGCUUCAACGUGGCAAAGAGAUACAAAGCAGGAAAACAAUCUUGUAUUAUUGUCCAACAGAUAAAAGCUCUCAAAGAACAAGCGUCGGAAAUCAGUUGGACAAAUGAACGAAAACCACUUGCUAAGGUACCAUCCACCUCUGCACCAGUUCCUCAUGGUACCCAAACAACCACGUUUGAGUCUAGAGAUUCGGUAUUUAAUGCUGCAUUGCAAUCUCUACAAUCAAAUGAGGAGUCCCAAAAGAUGAUUGCUCUAUGUGGGAUGGGUGGUGUCGGCAAGACCACAAUGAUGGAACAACUAAAGAAGGCCGUGGAAGAUUAAAAAAUGUUCGAUUGGGUUGUAAAGGUGGUUCUUGGGGAAAGCUGUGACCUUUUUGUUCUACAGCAAGCUGUUGCAGAAUACAUUCAUCAAGAUUUAACUGAAAAAACAAAAGAUGCAAGGGCUGAGCUUCUUCGUAAGAAAUUUGAGGGGAUGUCGCAAAAUGGGGAAAAGAAAAUUUUAGUAAUAAUGGAUGAUAUUUGGAAGGAGGUUGACCUCAAAGAUGUUGGACUAAUGAGCCCUUUGCCGAAUGGGUUCAAGCUCUUGUUCACAUCACGAUUUGAACAUGUGUGCACUCAAAUGGAUGUGAGAGCUAAUUCAAUAUUUAGAGUACGUGUUUUAAAUGAAGCAGAGGCAAAAACAUUGUUUUUUGAGAUUGUGGGACCAACUCCUUCGGAUGGUGAUGAUGCCGAGCUCCAAAAGAUAGGAGAAGAUAUUGUGAAUAAAUGUGGGGGUUUGCCUAUUGCCUUGAAAACCAUUGCCAAAAGUCUUAUUGGUAACAUAAAGGAGGCAUGGAAGGAAACACUUUCCAAUUUACAACAUGAUGACCUUCAAGACCUUAAUGAGAUUGUGCAUAAAGUUUUUGAAAUGAGCUAUAACAAUCUUCAAAAGGAUGAUGAUAAAUCAGUUUUCCUCCUAAGUGGCUUAUUCCCGGAUGACUUUGAUAUUCCCAUUGAGGACUUGAUGAGGUACGGCUGGGGAUUGAAGCUGUUUAGUAAAGUGCAUACUUUAAGAGAAGCAAGAAGACGAACAAUCAUUUGUGUUAACAACCUCAUACGGGCCAACUUGUUGACAGAAAGCGAACAGAUGGGAUGUGUAAAGAUGCAUGAUCUCGUGCGUGUUUUUGCUUUAAGUAAUUUUUCAAAGUCAAACAAGCUUCAAUAGUCUACCAUGAUAAUAUGUCUGGACAUCAGCUUAUAAAAAACGAUGCAAAAGAGUCUCAUGAAAGAAUUUUAUUAAA